GCGGCCCCGCCGCUGAGACGGAGCGGGGGCGGAGGGCUGCGCGCGGCGCGGGCGCCCCUGCGCGGGAGGCGCUCGCCCCGCCGUGGGCGCGGAGGGGCCGCCGCCACCGGCGGGAGCCGUUGCCGCAAGGACGGGGUGACUCCGGCCGCCACCCGGCUCCGCAGCGGCAGCGGGAGCCGCCCUCGCCCGGAGCCCGCCGCGGGCGCAGAGCCGCAGUGCGCGCCUCGGCCAGAUCUCUGAACAACAACUUUUUUACGUGAAUUGACAGCAGUGGAGAAGAGAUGGCCAGCUCAGCCCGAGAGCACCUGCUCUUCGUGCGCCGUCGCAACCCCCAGCUGCGGUACACGCUGAGCCCCGAGAACCUGCAGAGCCUGGCCUCUCAGGGCACCAUGCCUGAGAACAUGAACCUGCAGCGUGCCAACAGCGACACUGAUCUAGUGACUUCGGACAGCAGGUCUAGUCUGACAGCCAGCAUGUACGAAUACACCUUGGGACAGUCUCAGAACCUCAUCAUUUUCUGGGAUAUUAAGGAAGAAGUAGAUCCAACUGACUGGAUAGGACUUUAUCACAUAGAUGAGAACUCUCCAGCCAAUUUCUGGGAUUCCAAGAAUCGGGGAGUGACUGGCACACAAAAAGGACAAAUUGUCUGGCGAAUUGAACCUGGCCCCUACUUUAUGGAAUCUGAAAUAAAGAUCUGUUUUAAAUACUACCAUGGUGUUAGUGGAGCCCUCCGAGCUACUACUCCAUGUAUCACUGUGAAAAACCCUGCUGUGAUGAUGGGAGUAGAAGGCAUGGAUGAAGGUGCUUCUGGAGCCCAGCACUCUAGGAAGUUGGUCAGCUUUACCCUAUCAGAUAUUAGAGCAGCUGGACUUAAAAAAGGCAUGUUCUUCAACCCUGAUCCUUAUCUAAAGAUGUCCAUUCAGCCAGGCAAGAAAAGUACAUUUCCUACGUUUGCUCACCACGGCCAGGAAAGAAGGUCGACUAUCAUCAGUAACACAACAAAUCCUGUUUGGCACAGAGAGAAAUAUUCUUUUGUUGCACUUCUAACAGAUGUCCUGGAAAUUGAGGUUAAAGACAAAUUUGCCAAGAGUCGUCCGAUCAUCAAGCGCUUCCUUGGGAAGUUAACCAUACCCGUUCAGAGACUAUUGGAGAGACAUGCAAUUGGAGACCAGGUCCUCAGCUAUAAUCUUGGCAGAAGGCUCCCAGCUGAUCAUGUUAGUGGGUAUCUCCAGUUCAAAGUGGAAAUCACAUCUUCUGUUCAUGAAGAUGCUUCACCAGAAACGGUUGGCACCCUGCUAGGAACCAACUCUGUAAAUGGAGACUUGGGCAGCCCCUCUGACGACGAGGACAUGCCAGCAGGGCAUCAUGAUACAUCCACGGUGUGUUCCAACGGCCCAGUCUUUGAGGAAUCUUCAGGAGACACAAUCCUGAGACACUCUUUAAGGACUAGUAGGACUCUGGAGACAGACCAGGAUGAGCUGACCUCUGGUGCUUCAAGAUCAUCCCCUCCCAGAGGGCGCCAGGACUCACUCAAUGACUAUCUCGAUGCAAUAGAACACAAUAACCAUCCCAGACCAGGGACAUCUGCCUGUGGGGACCGUCCACGAGGAGCCUCCCCAAAGCUGAGGAGUAGCUUCCCUACUGACACAAGACUUAAUGCUAUGCUUCACAUUGACUCAGAUGAAGAGGAGCACGAGCUGCAUCAAGACCUGGGUUUUCCAUCUUCUUUGGAGGAUGAUGGUGGUUUAGUAAUGCUUAACGGUGCUACCAGAAAUGUUGAAAGAAGUGAAGUAAGUUCCUCAUCAGAUCAGGUAAUGCCAGGGCCUGCAGAGAGUGAAAGGGUUUCAGCCUCUGAUACUCCUUUGCCAUCAACCGAUGACCAGCAAGAUUCUCUCCCGGAGCUCCCCCCUGCAGAGGAAGGAGGUGAAAGCCCGCAGGAUUCUCAGGCCGAAGCCCCAGCAGAGCAGGCUGGCAGCGAGUCCUCUGCCCCCGCGGAGGCAGAGCAGCCUCCGGGCAGCGCAGACACGGCAGCUGCCGAAGCUGCAGGUGGCAGCAGAAGGGGUGUCAGCGAAACGGAGUCCAUUGACCAAGGCUCGGAGCCGUCCCAGCUGUCGUCAGAGACGGAGCCCAGCGACCCUGCUCGCACCGAGAGCGUCAGCGAGGCCAGCACCCGGCCCGAGGGGGAGAGCGACGCCGAGGGCGCCGACAGCUCCUGCAACGAGAGCGCGACGGUGCGGCGCUCCUCCGUGGAACUGCGCUGCUCCUCCUGCGAGAGCGCCAGGUUUCCCGAGACUCCGGCCUUCUCCUCCCAGGAGGAAGAGGAGGCAGCCUGUGCCCCCGAGGCAGCUGCGGCGGAGCCGGGCGUCGAAGCGCAGGACUCUGCCGGUGCUGCUGGUUCUCUGCCUGCGGUGCAGUUACCACAGGAGGAGGCGCAGGAGGCUGAGGCAGGUGAACUGCAAGACCAAGAGGAAGCAGAAGAAAUCUGGCAAAGAAGGAGAAGCCUGCAGGCAGCAGCUGCCCAGAGCCAGUCUCAGGAUGAAGAAAUUGAAGGAGCACAGGCAGCUUGUGAGGGUGCCACAGCACAGCUUGAAGGAGCUACUGGAGGUUCUCCUGCCAAUGGCCAUCAGCCCUUGAGGUCCCUGCCUUCGGUGCGUCAGGACGUUAGCCGGUACCAGAGAGUGGAUGAGGCUCUGCCACCAAACUGGGAGGCUCGAAUUGACAGCCAUGGACGGAUUUUUUACGUGGACCACGUGAACAGGACAACGACGUGGCAGCGACCCACAGCUCCCCCAGCCCCACAGAUUCUCCAGAGGUCAAAUUCUAUACAGCAGAUGGAACAGCUGAAUCGCCGGUACCAGAGCAUCCGAAGAACAAUGACAAAUGACAGGCCUGAAGAGCACACGAAUGCCGUGGAUGGAGCUGCAGAGGAAGCUGAAUUUCACCAUUCUAAUUCAGAUUUUCGAAGAGAGAAUGUGCUGCCUCACUCUACCUCCAGAUCCAGACUUACUUUAUUGCUCCAGUCUCCCCCUGUGAAAUUCCUUAUCAGCCCAGAGUUCUUUACAGUGCUGCAUUCUAACCCUAGUGCCUACCGCAUGUUUACAAACAACACGUGUCUGAAGCACAUGAUCACCAAAGUCCGGCGGGACACCCACCACUUCGAGCGCUACCAGCACAACCGGGAUCUGGUGGGCUUCCUCAACAUGUUUGCCAACAAACAGCUGGAGCUGCCGAGGGGCUGGGAAAUGAAACACGACCAUCAGGGCAAGGCGUUCUUUGUCGACCACAACUCGCGCACCACGACGUUCAUCGACCCGCGGCUGCCCCUGCAGAGCAGCAGGCCCACCAGCGCGCUGGUGCACCGGCAGCACCUGACCCGGCAGCGCAGCCACAGCGCUGGGGAGGUCGGAGAGGACUCCCGUCAUUCAGGACCCCCAGUGUUGCCAAGACCAUCCAGCACAUUCAACACAGUCAGCAGAGCUCAGUACCAGGAUGUGGUUCCAGUGGCUUACAAUGACAAGAUAGUUGCAUUUUUGCGGCAGCCCAAUAUAUUUGAAAUUCUGCAAGAGCGUCAACCAGAUCUUACCAGGAAUCAUUCACUCAGGGAGAAGAUCCAGUUCAUCCGGACAGAGGGAACACCUGGGCUGGUGCGUUUAUCCAGUGACGCAGACCUCGUCAUGUUACUCAGCUUGUUUGAGGAGGAAAUAAUGUCAUAUGUGCCGCCACAUGCCUUACUUCAUCCUAGUUAUUGCCAGUCCCCAAGAGGCUCGCCAGUGUCUUCGCCUCAGAACUCUCCAGGUACUCAGCGUGCCAAUGCCCGAGCUCCAGCUCCGUACAAAAGAGACUUUGAAGCCAAGCUGAGGAACUUCUACAGGAAGUUGGAGACUAAAGGAUAUGGACAAGGCCCAGGGAAAUUGAAAUUAAUCAUCAGGAGAGAUCACUUGCUAGAAGAUGCCUUUAACCAGAUCAUGGGCUACUCAAGGAAAGACCUGCAGAGAAAUAAACUCUAUGUUACGUUCGUUGGGGAAGAAGGGUUGGACUACAGUGGACCAUCAAGGGAGUUUUUUUUCCUGGUGUCCAGGGAGCUCUUCAAUCCCUAUUAUGGUUUGUUUGAAUAUUCAGCCAACGAUACCUACACAGUACAAAUAAGUCCCAUGUCUGCUUUUGUGGACAAUCACCAUGAGUGGUUCAGGUUUAGUGGUCGAAUUCUUGGUCUUGCUCUGAUACAUCAGUAUUUGCUGGAUGCCUUUUUUACAAGACCCUUUUAUAAAGCCCUCCUCCGAAUACUCUGUGACCUGAGUGACCUGGAAUAUCUGGAUGAGGAGUUUCACCAGAGUUUACAGUGGAUGAAAGACAAUGAUAUACAUGAUAUCCUGGAUCUGACAUUUACUGUAAAUGAAGAAGUUUUUGGCCAGAUCACAGAGCGGGAACUAAAACCAGGAGGUGCCAAUAUCCCAGUCACGGAAAAGAACAAGAAAGAAUACAUAGAGAGAAUGGUGAAGUGGAGAAUUGAGAGGGGAGUUGUACAACAAACAGAAAGUCUAGUUCGUGGUUUCUAUGAGGUGGUUGAUGCAAGACUGGUGUCUGUAUUUGAUGCCAGAGAACUGGAACUGGUUAUAGCUGGAACAGCAGAAAUCGACUUGAGUGAUUGGAGAAAUAAUACAGAGUACAGAGGAGGUUAUCAUGACAAUCACAUUGUAAUUCGGUGGUUCUGGGCUGCUGUGGAAAGGUUCAACAAUGAACAACGACUAAGACUUUUACAGUUUGUCACAGGCACGUCCAGCAUUCCCUAUGAAGGCUUUGCCUCUCUCCGGGGGAGCAACGGGCCCAGGCGCUUCUGCGUGGAGAAGUGGGGGAAGAUCACUGCUCUCCCAAGGGCUCACACUUGUUUCAACCGUCUGGACCUUCCCCCUUACCCAUCAUUCUCUAUGCUAUAUGAAAAACUGUUGACAGCAGUAGAAGAGACAAGUACUUUUGGACUUGAGUGAUACACAAACCACAGUGCCCAGCUCAUUGGACUUUUGUGGAUCUGUCUUCUCAAGGAACGAAUGAACUUUUGUGUUGGAUUUCCUAGAGGAAAAUUGUUUCAUGGUGCAAUUCAAAUAAUGAGGUUCCACGAAGGAGCUUGUGAAGCAAUUAAAAAGCAUUGUGGUAGUGGCAGAAUUCUCGACAGUGAAACUAGAGUGUGCCUGGUGUGCAGGGAAAGCCAAGUCUUGCAAUCCAUGGGGUUUGGGGACGGCUACACUUCUUAAGUCUAUGUUCUGAGCAAACCAGAAACGUGAUGCCAUGUUGUGAUCCAUCUGGCUACUGCAAAACUGAUAUGUACCCAAGGACUGGAUUUCAUCAAAGUUGUUGAAUAUAAAAUUCAAGUCAAAAUGUGAAAUCAUUCCUCCCCUUACAUACCCAGUAAAAUAUCAAAAAAGCGUACAGCUGAACUUUUAUAAAUUCUUUUUUUUUUUUGAAUUCAUGAAGGUACUUUACUUUAUGCCAUAUGUUAUAACAGCAUAUCCAACUUUACCUAAGACUACGAGUGCCUGCAUGGGGAACACCAUAGAGCUCAAGUUCCUGGGGCAGAAGUGAGUGGGAAGGAAAGUCAGCAACAAAGGACGUAACAACAACGGCUUGUGCAUUGAGGAGGUUUGUGGAAAUGCAUUUGCCAGUGGUGUGUAUGACAAAAUAUGAGCAGUUACAAUGAACUUAUAUAAGACUGAUUUUACGCUUUAUACUGCAUGGAAACUAUUUUAAGAAGAAAUUAGCAAUUUAUCACAGCGUAUCAGGAAAAAACCCUAACACAGUGACUUCUGUUUAUUUUUAUAGGUUCAUUAUAUUAUGUUUCUUAGAGUGUAAACAGGAAACAAGCAAACAAAAGUGUUAUUUCUGUUUUGUCACUUUCCAUGCUUGAACAGACAUUCUGCUAGUGUUUAUUCUUUAAGCACUCUCCAGGGGAAAAAAAUGCCUUUUAUUUUUAUAAGAGUAAAAAAACUCCCGAAAAUAUUUUGCACUGAAUGUACCAAAGUUGAAGGGACAUUAUGAUCUGACUGAUAGCAAAUUGCAUCACUAUCAAAUAUCUAUAAAAAUGCUUAGGAACCAGGCUUUCUUCACAGUGCCAUGUCUAUAGAUAUCAGGACUGUGCACAUAAGUAAUAAUUUUAUAAUACUAUAUGUGAUAUUGUAAUAUGCAUUUAUUUUAAAUGCAUCCGGGUCAUUUUUCAUGCAUUGGAUAACUUAAUGCAGUGGAGUUUAAUACAAAUAUUUCAUACGCUCCCCACAACUUUUUAUUUGUACAGCACCGUAAAACACUAGCUCAUUUGGAAAACCAUGAAUAACUUCUUUAAGGUGAGCCACUGGUCAUAAUGCCACUGUGCUGUAUCAGUGAACACCUACAAGAUGUAAACUGUUCAUAGUGUCUAAGCUUGCAUUUUCACUGAUAAAUAGUUUUCUUAUCAAAUGUUAUUUGAAGCGGUUUUUAUGGCAUAUCAAACACUGCAUGGACACCAAUUUCUUUAUGCUUAAUUUUGCUGAAAUACACGAGGCUUGCUCGCUUCUGUUUUUGGUACUUUACCUCCAGAUGGUCUUGUGGAACACUUGUGCAGCUGCGCCCCAUUUCUUGCACAGCUGCUGUCACGCACUGCACCCACCACAUUUUCAAAUUGCAGGAGUUGCGCUUGGAUACUGGCUGACAAGAACACAAGUCCAGCUCUGUGCUAGCCCUUUUGGUAGCACCGCAGCACAGCAAGCCCUGUUCUGUGGGAAAAGUGGCUUUUGAAGUCACCUGCUCACUUUGGAGGCUCCUGAAGGGGCAUCUGAGGGAGGUGUCCUGCUUGUUCUGGUGGGAGGUUUUUUCCAGCAGAGGCGAGAAUCCCUGGAGAUGUUGUCAGCAGAGACUGCCAGUACACCCUCCGAGGCAGAGAGCAGCUGCAGCUGUGGUGGUGACUGAGAAAACCCUUCAGACUUACUGAGGAAAUGCCACAUGUGCAAAGGAAAAGCAAAAUCAGGGGAAAGCAUUCUUUUAUUUCAAGAAUAAUUGAGCUUCUGCAUGACAUCUGGGACUCUCUUAAGUAACUUAGGUUUUCUUAGGCUACUUCUGGCUGGUAUGAAGUAGCAAAGGAAAGUCCAAACACAUCACCCUGUUUCUACACGUAUAUUUAUCAGCUAAGAUUGCAUGCCACGGGUCCUAAUGCACAUCUCUCUUCAGAACAUGAAUGAGCAGUAGGCAAACUGACUUUUCAGCAGGUCACUCCAGCAUGGCUCAUGUUUCAUACCAUCCAUUCACUGAGUAGCUAAAACUGGCACUCGGAGCAGAAUGCAACUUCUGAUGAGUUGAAGGACUACAGAACUUUCAUUUUACAAUACUGUGUUAUCUGUGGUCUUAAAAAAGAGAUUUUCCAGGUGGAAACUGUAUCUACAAGUUUUGAACCAGAUACUCUUUGGAAUGAAAAGUUUAAAUAUUUGGCACAAAGUAAGUUUAUACUAGUUUGCCUUUUAAGUUAUGCUUUUGUACAAAACUAAAACAAUAAAUGCAUCUUGUCAAUUUUUAUUUAAA